AUGGAGACUGAAGAGACCGAAGGGCUCACAGCCCUCCCUCUUGCCUCGCCCAUUAAAGAGGCAACGCCAACUUUUUCCGAGGAAACUGAAGGACUAUCAGUCCCCCUUACUACCUCUACUGCCAUUAAGCAGAUGUCAACUUCCAUCGAGGAGAGCAAGCAACUUCAAGUCCUGAUUUCCCCCUCGCUUGUCAUCGAGCCGAUGUCACUGUCUCAACCCAACCCUGGCUGUUUGGAAGAACCAAAUCAACAGACCGACAAACCCAACUCACAGCCUGUCAACGUGAUAAAUCACCAAGUAUCUCCUGAUCCUGUGAUAAAGGAAGCUUUGAAAGUACUCAUCGACAACGCCAUCUCGGUUGUGGAGUACGGGAAUCAGGUUCUAUACAGAUGUGGAUUCGCAGAGGCUCUGAUUGUCGUAGAGUGGGUUGUACCCGAUGGACAGCUGUUGCUUGCUUCACAGGUGUUGCUCGAAAACAACUGGCCCCGCCUUCUUUACCACGAAAGAGAUUGGAAUGGCAACCCUAGAGUCCCUGAAUACUGGGAAACUCAUUACCUGAUGCAUGCCCUUGAUAGCGAGGACUGGAUGCGUGUCCAUCUUAUCCCUCUGUCGUUGGUUGGUUUCACUCUUGAGGACACUGUCGAGGUUCCCUCGACAUUUGCCCAUGAGCUCCACCUCCUCACCCCCAAACCUCCUCAUUACAUGUCAUCCUUGAUACAUCAUCUCUUGCAACUACCCAUUGAUCACAAUAGCCGAAUUCGAGUUGAGAAGGACCUUCUGGGGUUUAUUUCUACCUACAUCCUCAAAGAUGGACCCGCCAAUACGACUGUGUGGACCUAUCUUAAUGACCAGGAUAGCGACAAAGACUACCAGAAAAAAGUUGAAGAAGGGGUUCGGUUCAUGAAGACAUGGGACUGGGGCAAAAUUGAGGAAAGAUACCUGGCUAUGGCUGAAUGUGCGGUCCGAGAUUGCCGCUACAUCAAUUCGCUGACGGACGUUCACGAAGAGCGACACACGCCAUGA